AUGUGGGAGAUAUACCGAAACGGUCACCUGGUGAUGCAAAGGAAGUGGCACCGACAAUUUGGACCGGUUGUCGGUUACUAUUACGGACUCGCGCCUGUGGUUAUCGUUGCGGACACAGAGCUCCUGAAACAAAUUCUUCUCAGAGACUUCCACAAAUUCUCUGAUCGCCCGCCGAUUAUCAGUGGUAAAUUCAUCGGUGGAUUGGACGACAGCCUCUUAUUUCUCAAAGGACAGCGUUGGAAACAAGUCCGGGCAAUCUUGUCGCCGGCCUUCACGGCGAAAAAAUUGCGAGAGAUAAGCCCUGUGAUGCAGACUUCUAUAGAUGAUUUCAUAGAGAACAUGGACAAGGAUUUUGAGAAUUCUAAAGAGUGUGAGCUGGCGGCACUCUUCAAAGCCAUGACCUUAGACGCGAUUGGUAAAGCUGGAAUGGGUCUGGACCUCAAUGUCCAGAAGGAUUACAAAAAUUCGAAGGUACUCCGCGCAAUCAGCACGAUUCUAUCGAUUGAGGUGGAUAUUUUCUUCGUGGCUUUCGCUUCACUCCCUGCGCUCGCGAAACUUCUUCGACAUGCAGUAUGCCAACUCUGGUAUCUCUGGCUGAACUCUUUUGAGAGCCCCAUCGGCGCUCUCCAGAGACAGAGCCGUGAAGUCGUAAAGUUCCGGAGAUUGAACCCCGAGAAAUCGAAACGCUCAGAUCUGCUUCAACUCAUGAUGGAUGCUCAGGUGUCAGUGGAAUCCUCUACUGAUCUCACUUCAUUGAUCGCGGGCGACGGAGCAGAAGCCGCGGAAAACAGAAGAAGUGGAUCUAUGGCGAAGAAUCGGAAUCUCCCGUCGGAGUGUCCCAUCACAGGAAAACCCGAGGGGCUAACGGACAACGAAGUCAUCGACAAUGCCUUCCUCAUGUUACUGGCCGGUUUUGAAACCACUUCCACAACGCUAGCAUUUCUCGCGAAAAUGCUCCUCCGAUUCCCUGAAGUUCAAGAACGAGUGCGAGAAGAACUCGUAGAGGCUACCGACGGUGGAACAGCGUUCGAUUUCGAGCGCCUGCAACGGUGUCAGUACACCGAAGCUUUCAUCCAGGAGACCAUGCGGAUGUAUACUCCUUUCUUCUUCUUCACUGCUCGAGUCGCGAACGAAGAAGUGAAGUACGGCUCAAUGACAAUCCCAAAAGGCAUGAACGUGUUUUCUUCUAUCGAAGAACUGCAUUACGACGAGGCGGUCUUUCCUGAACCUAAUAAGUUUCGACCAGAACGAUUCCUACCCGAGAACAAAACUCCCGCCAUGGCGAAGUCCUGGCAACCUUUCGGCGAUGGACCGAGGAACUGCAUCGGCAUGAGGUUCGCGCAAAUGGAGAUGAAGCUGGCUUUGGCUAAGCUUCUCGUGAAAUAUCGGAUAUAUUGCCCGGAUGAACCGAAACACGAUGCCCGAAUCGAAGUCUGUGUUCUGCCGGUUCUUCAGCAUCCGCUCAAACAUCCUCUCAAAUGUAGAUUAGAACGACUCAGCUGA